AUGAGCGAUUCCAAGGAUAUCAAGGUCGUCCGCGCUUCCAGCGUCGACCUUGGCCGAGACUAUGGCACCGGGUCCUCCAGCUCUCGUUCCCCCAUCGAGCAUGGACAUCCUGAGAUCAUUGAAGCGAGUCCCGAACGUGGUGCCACUGCCCUUGGUGACGACGAAACAGAUGGAGUUAAGAAACAGUCGUGGCGUUCCAAGUUUGCCUUCUUCAAGACCAAGGACUUUUGGCUCAUUUUGUUUCUGGGACAGAUACUGGCUAUCUGCAUUACUGGUACAAACACUUUGACAAGCUUGUUGGCAGCUGAGGGGACCAGCAUACCCGCCUUCCAGACCCUGUUCAAUUACGUAUUGCUUAAUUUCGUCUACACGGGUUACACCCUGUACAAAUAUGGCUUCAAGAAGUGGUCGCGAAUGGUCCUCAAGGAUGGUUGGAAAUAUAUCAUUCUUGCUUUCUUCGACGUCGAGGGCAACUACUUCACUGUACUUGCCUACCGCUACACUACCAUCCUCUCGGCCCAACUGAUCAACUUCUGGGCUAUUGUUGUCGUGGUCGUCAUCUCCUUCACCUUCCUCCGUGUGCGAUACCACUGGGCUCAAGUCCUCGGUAUUUUUGUAUGCAUUGGUGGAAUGGGACUUUUACUGGCCUCUGACCACAUCACCGGCUCCAAUGGCGGGGACGUUUCUUCCGGCAACCAGCUCAAGGGUGACCUGUUUGCGCUGCUGGGCGCGACCUUCUACGGCUUGUGCAACGUCUAUGAGGAGUGGUUUGUGUCGGGCAGGCCCCUCUAUGAAGUGAUCGGCCAGCUUGGCUUUUGGGCCACCAUCAUCAAUGGCGCACAAGCCGGUAUCUUCGACCGCCACUCUUUCCACACCGCGACCUGGAACAGUAAAGUUGGAGGCUAUUUGACAGGCUAUACCCUCAUUCUGUUCGUUUUCUACACCCUCGUUCCCAUCCUGUAUCGUUUCGCCAGCGCAGCAUUCCAAAACAUCUCCCUUUUGACAGGAAACUUUUGGGGCGUGAUUAUCGGUCUACGGGUAUUCCAUCUCCACGUGCAUUGGUUGUAUCCCAUUGCAUUUACACUGAUUAUGAUCGGCCACUUUGUGUAUUACUUUGGAAAGGGCGUGAUGGGAGAGGCGGCGAAGGCGUGGCUGGGUGAGAACCAGGAGAAAGGUAUCGACGGCUUCGGGAGCGCGAAGAGGAAGAUCCGAAUGAUGCAGGAGAACACAGCGGGGACCAGGGGUGGCGAAGGUACCGAAAGCAUGGGUGUGGUCUAA